CGCAGCUCGAUGGGGACUGCAGAGGGUCCUGGAUCUGACCUGAUUUGUCAAUCUGAUGACUUCACAGAUGUGUUGCCCCUCCGGGGAAUCGUCGCCUCACGCUGAGCUCAAUGUUUCAUGUUUUGUUGAAAGAAAAAAGUGAGGUGCAUAAUGGAUUUAUCAGGAGUGCAAUUUGACAUCAAAGCGCGACAUCAGAGGAGGCUGUAAUUGUUUGGGACUGUCUCGCCAUGGCUUACCCGGAGCACUUUGAUUGGCUGAAAGAAACCGUUAAUUUGUUUCCAGGUUUGCCAGGGUUUUCCAGCAUGUUUGGGAAGAAGAAGAAACGGCUGGAGAUCUCAGCUCCGUCGAACUUCGAGCACCGGGUCCACACGGGCUUCGACCCGCGGGAGCAGAAGUUCACCGGGCUGCCGCAGCAAUGGCAGAGCCUCCUGGCGGACACUGCCAACCGCCCCAAGCCCAUGGUGGACCCCUCCUACAUUACCCCCAUCCAGCUGGCACCAAUGAAGAUAUCUCCCAAGAAUGUCCGGUCGUCCGAAACGCCGUUGCCCAAAACCAUCGUCCGAGGGAACCGGCCGCCCAAAGAUGCAUCCAUUAAUGGCCUGCUGGAGGAGUUCGACAACAUCUCAGUGACACGGUCCAACUCCCUGCGUAAAGAGAGCCCGCCUGGCCCCCAUCAGGCCGGGACCAGCUCCAAACCCUCAGGCGGCGGCCACCUCGCCGCUCCGGAGGAGAACGGAUUCAACCACUACUACUCCCGAUACUCCUGUGACCUGGACACCUCAAGCAGGGACUUUCCUCUGGAUCCCGGCAAGCCCAGCUUCUCCAUAGACGGGGACUGGGCCGUCGGGAGGCACUAUAGAUUCACCAAGCAGAAUGGCCACUCGCACCCCAUACGCAGCCCCUUCUACCCGGACGCCAUGCCUCAGAAAUCAGACUAUGGCAAGCUUCCGCCGGACUACCACACCUACCUGGAGAGCAAAGGGCGCUCCGCCGACGAGGUGGCCUCGACGGUGGGGAGCGGAGUUGGCUCCAGUGGCUACUACAGGGCGUCGGUGGGUGGCUCAUCCAGCCAGGACUACCGGGACACGUCGGUCGGCACGCCGUCACGUGCCUCUCUACACAGCGAGCAGAUCAACUACCCGGACAGCGAGUGGAGCUACGGCGGCCUGCGAGAUGACUACGACAAGCGACCCAAGAGUUCGUACGUGACCCAAACCAGCCCCACGCCAGCGAUCAGGCAGCGGUCCCGAUCGGGCUCCGGACUUCAGGAGCCAAACGUUCCCUACGCCGCCAGUGGGGCUUUCAAGAACCCACCGCAGGCCCACCCAUACAGCUCCUACACCUACCCCCGUCUCUCGGAGAGUCUGGGGAACUCACAGACCUUAACCAAGGCCGACUAUGAGCGCUCGUCACGCGACGACGGCCCCCAGGUUCCCGGUGGUGACACUUACCCCAGAGGGCCUCUCAAGCUACCUCAGAGCCACUCCAAGCCGCCGGGCUACCCGCCAGCGCACCUGCCGUACCCCCCGAUCUUCCACCAUUACAAGCCCUCGCCCUACCACCACCCCCCCUCCCAGCCCAGCCCCCCAUACACCCCUCAGGGGGCCUACUCUCAACCCUCAUCGCCCUACAUCCCCCCGGGGGCGUACCCCCCUCCCUCCUGGGGUUCCAGCUCGGACACGCAGCCCUCCAGAGUCUCCCACGAGCAGUUCAGAGCCGCACUCCAACUGGUGGUCAAUCCAGGUGACCCCCGGGAAUACCUGGACAGCUUUAUUAAGAUCGGCGAGGGCUCCACGGGCAUCGUGUGCAUCGCCAGCGAGAAACACAGCGGCAAGCAGGUGGCGGUGAAGAAGAUGGACCUCAGAAAACAGCAGAGGAGAGAGCUGCUCUUUAAUGAGGUGGUGAUCAUGAGGGACUACCAUCACGAAAACGUCGUGGACAUGUACAACAGCUACCUGGUGGGGGACGAGCUGUGGGUGGUGAUGGAGUUCCUGGAGGGCGGCGCGCUGACCGACAUCGUGACUCACACCAGGAUGAACGAGGAGCAGAUCGCCACGGUGUGUCUGUCGGUGCUUCGCGCUCUGUCCUACCUGCACACGCAGGGCGUCAUCCACCGCGACAUCAAAAGUGACUCCAUCCUCCUGACCAGCGACGGCAGGAUCAAGCUAUCAGACUUUGGCUUUUGCGCCCAAGUUUCCAAAGAGGUUCCCAAGAGGAAGUCCCUGGUGGGAACGCCGUACUGGAUGGCGCCGGAGGUCAUAUCCAGACUGCCGUACGGCACCGAGGUGGAUAUCUGGUCUCUCGGCAUCAUGGUGAUUGAGAUGGUGGACGGAGAGCCGCCGUACUUCAACGAGCCGCCUCUGCAGGCCAUGAGGAGGAUACGGGACAACCUGCCGCCGCGGCUAAAAGAGUCGCACAAGGUGUCGUCGGUGCUGCGCUCCUUCCUGGACCUCAUGCUGGUGCGGGAGCCGUCGCAGAGGGCCACGGCGCAGGAGCUCCUCCAGCACCCCUUCCUCAAGCUGUCCGGACCCCCCUCCUGCAUCGUCCCGCUCAUGAGACACUACCGCCACCGCUGAGCCGCCGCCGCCGCCGCCAGCCCCAACCCGCCCCGCUCGACACCGAAGACACACACACACUCACACACAGACACACACAGACACACACCACGACACGCACUACCGGGGUGGCACUGCCCUCGCCAAGCCAAAACACCACCCGACCACGCGGCGGCGCGCCACCGACUCUCACACCUGUAACCGUGACGUAGAUUAGCUGGAGGAAUCUGUAAGAGACACGUUUUAACACACAGCAGAU